CAGGUUAAGCUUUCGACUCACUUAUCAUUUACGAUGCUUCGAGGUCCCUCAAGCGGUCUCCGUGCCAAGUGAGCUGCCUGUAUCACUUUGCAGGGAAAGUUGUGACCUGCACACGGCCAGCGUCCGUCAUUGCAGCCUUCCCAGAACCGCUAUGACGUUGUGGAAAUUAUGUCAACGCACCACGGACCCGUUCAGAAGAUGCACGUGAGCGCAUAUACAUAGAAGGUACUGCGUCCAUUGCUAAAUAGUCCGUCUCUCGAUACACUCAAGCACCUUGGCCACCCCCCACCCUUACACCCACUAGCGCUCUCCAAGUCUUGGUUUCACCGGCCGUACCGCGCGACUACCGCUCUCCUCGCAUACUGCCCCGCCCUCACAUCCUAUAAUAAGCGCUUAGAAGACUGCGCCGACCCAACGAACUCUGCCCGAAUCCCGCAACCCCAAGCCCAAGCUCAGACCAUCGCAAUGUCCAACUUGAACGAGGAAUACAGUCCGGAAGACAUGGCUUUGGUCGCGGCCGACUUCCAGAAGAUGGAAGACGGACAGCUAAAUCAUGCUCUUGAAGCGAGUCGAGUUACCGCAGGAUGGAGAGGGCCGCGGCGUUCUACGAGUACCAGGGCCGAGGUACAGUCCGAGGACGAGGACGAGGACGAGGAGACUCUUGUCGCGCUUGACGUCAGCAGGGUUGAAGCAGAAGAGGCGGAUCGAAGACGUAAUGCAGACACAGAGGCGGACGAACAAAGGCUCCUCGAAGCUCAAAGGCAGUCGGAGCGUGAAGCACUGGCCGCCCAUCAAGAACGCGAGGCUACUCUUGUUGCGCUUUCCAUCAGCCAGGUAGAGGCAGAAGAGGCGGACCGACAACGGCUUCUUGAAGUUAAAAGGCAGUCUGAGCGUGAAGCACUGGCUGCCUGUCAAGAACGCGAGGCUACCCGGAAAGCUGGGCUACAGUCUCUGAAGGAUGAACGUGCUCGGGCUCAAGCUGCGCGAUUACGUCAAGAGACCUUGGAUCAGGCCAUCGUCGAGAGCAGGUUGGCAGCCGAGACUGAGCAGCAGCGACAAGAACAACAGUCUGCGCGCCUUCAGGAGACAUACGCUCUGAGCGGCUUGAGUGAGGACGAGCAGCUGCAGAUGGCGAUGAGCCAGAGUCAAAAGGAAGAGCAUUCUCGUGAAGUUGCACAUGUCGCGCAGCUUCGAGAGACUAUGCUGCGCUGGGUGAACAAGAACGGACAGACUCCUGCACCAUCGGGCGAACCGUCGGCAACCCAGCACCCAGAAGACCGUCCAGUACUGGGAGCCAUAGCGUCCUAUCCUCCGGGUCCAGUCACUGAGCAGGAACAAAGGAGCAUGGCCGAUACUCAGGAGGUCAUUAACAAUCCGAACGUACUCUAUCGGCCUUUAACAUCGAUCUCGGGGACGUCUGCAUCGCGACCAGCAAGUCUUCGAUCAGUGGCAGACGCCCAAGCUCGAGAUCCUAAUCUUGUCACCGCCACGACCUCCGAUAGAAGCAGAGCGUCCAUCCGAUCAGUUUCCUCAGGCCGUUCACCGUCGUACCAUACAAUAGAGGAGAACCCUGCGCUGAGAGUGGAGUCUUCCGAAGUGCCCCAUGAUAUCCCAAACGAACCGCAAACUAUCGAAGAUCAGCCCGUGUAUCCUGGCGCUUACCCUCCGUCUCGUUCUCAGUCAGGUUCGUCGGUACGUAGUACAGUGGGACAUUCAAGGCCGAUCGUCGGGACCCCUCUCCUACCAGGUGCCUACCCCCCCUCAUACGCGAGCAGUAGAGCACCUCGUAGCGAGGCGGGAACAUCAUGUGUGACGCCUAUGCAAGGAAGUGUUAUAGUACCACAACCGCUGGGUAACAGCCUAUCAAGCAUUACCUCUUCGAUAGCAUCCAGUCAGGGCCGAAAUGCGGGAAGCCAUUACUCAUGGAGUGCGAAUGCGCCCGUGCGAAGCGAACAGUUAUCUGGCGCAUGGCCGCUAUCGUCGCAAGCAAGUCGUGUCCCGAGUCGGCUGAAUACGGUAUCAUCCGGAGGGACAUUCUUCACAGCCCAGGAGACGCAGCCACUCCAGCGCCAAACAAGCCCACCGUCUGCUAUCUCCGACCUCUGGAAUCAUCGGGCUCGAGAUAGUCAUCAGCAUGAAGGGCCAGGACCUCGACUAUUCACACCGGUUUCGGCGUCUUCACGCCCAAGCGAAACUCCAUCUGCCGUUCGACCGCCAUCGUCUCGAACAUCUCAGGGGAGUGUUGUGCGUAAGCCGGUUGCUCAAUCUCAACCCUCUAAUUCUGCUACGAUUGAGCAGCCAGCGCUAGCAACGGCUGCCAAUACUGUAAGGUCGAUGGACGUGAUCCCGUCGGGCUUGGAACGGGGGCCACCAGCGUGCCACUUUCAUGCUCCGGUAAAUUUCACCAUCUAUAACAUCACCGAAGAGCCCAAGUCAUCCCAGAAUCUAUUAAAGCAGUUACUCAACAAGAGCACGCAUGCUACCAAGGGUAUGAAAGUUUUCGAGCAGAAAGGGGCAGAACUCUACCUGAACAGUGUAGCUGAAGCGACAAGCAACCUUUGGAGGAACAAGAGGAAUAUAUUUCCUGUCAGGUCUUGUAAAUCGGCUGCAAAUGCUGUGGUGAACGAAGCGAGGGAAAUUGACCGUUUUCCUGUUUCCCAGACUCAUGACGACAUGGGCAGUAUUGCCAGUCCUUUUCAGGCGAGACAAGAGCUGCAGCUCAUGAACCCUGAUCCACCAAGCUCAGAAUUGGGCACGCCUAAGACGAGAAGGCCGCUACAAUCAGAAAUGCCCACACGACAGAGUGAUGAGCUCGCUACGCCUCGGCCAUCUACGUUACAGCGGUCAGUGACGUCACCUCCUCUCACAGCGACAAUACAGUCGAGGUCAAUGUCGCUGGAUCAAUCGACUGCAUCCCAGAUUUCGGACGUGAACGGAAAUGCCGUGACUCCGCCUAGCGUCUGUCAAUCGAGAGUGAGAAGCUCGAUGGACAAGGAUAGUUUCCGAUGCGCUUCCGAACUGCGCCCCCAGCCGCUGGAUAUCCGCAAGCAGCCUCCGCCUAUGCCACCAAAGCCUCUGGGGCUGACCAGUUCUUCUGCAUGUGCAGCGCCAUCGCCACUACUACCGCCUCCUCGGAACCGGAAUCCGAUGACGAGGCGUAUAGCUAGCGAACAAAAGGAACAGUCUGGGUGGUUACAGCAACUAGUGCUGUUUCCGAUCAUGAAUCCGACCCAAGAGCCGACGAUUGGCUCACCCGAUUCCAUGACGGUCACAGCACCAACACCUCGGCGGAUCAACGUCGAUUUGAACCGACGCAGUCAAUUUGAGCCAAUUGACACGAGCUUGGCGAACGUGCCUCCUGGUGAACGUCACAUCAAUGAGUUCAACUCGCGAUCGAUGAUGGAUAUUGGCAUGAUGAGUCAACUAGGCAAUCCUGCAAUAAUGGAUCCAUUGCUUGGACAGUACGAGCAGACCUAUACCCGCCCACCGCACGUGCAGCAGGAAAGGCUGAACUCGGACGCUAGGGCCAAAAAGAAAGAGAAGGACAUCCAGAAGGCUUUACGGAAGCAGUGUUGAAGGUUGAAAAGUCAUAGAGGAGUGAAGCUUGGAGUAGAGAAAGAGCCCUCAUUCGGCUAUAUCAGCGUCGUUUCAGCAAGCAUCGCAAACAAUUGUAUAUUAAUUUUCGUCUCUGGAGCCGUUGCAGUGAUGUUAUCGCAUGGCCGUUCUGUUAUGGCAGGACCCAAUAGGCUUGGAGGUCUACGGCUGCCCGCUUCGUCGGCUUUUCAACCAGGAACAAACACCUCCGAUAACGUUACCCGACAUCGCGCGUAUGAGUGGUGGGGUAGUGACCCGCCAGGGCAGGGGUGUCGGCCUCUCCAAUAAUUCCCGAUCGAUAAGCAAGGGACAUGCACGCCGUGGCAAUAAAAGUAACUCUGGGUCUGUGAAUUCGGUAAAGAUAACUAUCCAAGGAUUAGGCCCAAUAUUGAUCGUUGAACGCGUUUUUGGAGA